AUGAAUAAUUUGCGAAGUUUUGCACUGAGAGAAGAAGAACGCAACGAAGAAACAAGUCAACUUUGGCUGUUGAGACAUCUGCGUUCACUGCUCAACGAUGUUCAAGAUUCGAUUCUUAGUUCUUUUAUUUUGCAUCAGGAUUGCACACCAUUACGGAAGUUUGUUAAUGAUAGCAGUAGAAGGAGGAUGCUUUAUAUCUGCGUAAAAAGGAAAAAGACGGCGACGAAAGCGUUAGGGAGAUUGACAGAAAACGAGUUGAUCAAAAAUGGCAAUGAGCAAAAAGCUUGGAGAGUACAAUCUCCAGCCAUCGUCAAAAAGGCUAUGGGCAAGAAAUCAGUUGGUAAGAAGAAAAAGAGCAAAGUCGCGCAAAAAGUUGAAGAAGCAGUCGGAGUUGAGAGGACCGACAAAUUGGAACAAAAUCCAAACGAUAGAACGGACGGGAGUUUCAGUGAGAUUUCCGCUCAACCGGACGUAACACUCAGCUGGAGCGAUACAAAGUUGCCCGCGAACUGUAAUGAAUUCAUUUUCAUCAUCACCAAAACAACUUUACGUGUAGCCACCUUCGGUUUCGAUCAACAGUUUUAUGUUGGUAAGUGCCUUGCUUCGUCGAUAUGA